AUGAAGGCUUCUGUCGCCCUUUCUAUCCUGGCAUGCGCCAUCUCUUCAGCUACAAGCAUCCAUCACCGUCGAGCCGACAACUUCCUUCCUGCUGCUGGCAUCCCCAAGGCCGGAUACAACGCUUAUGGAGGAAACUAUGAUCAUCCGGAGACGAACCAGUUUCAGCCCGUAGGUCAGAAGCAGACUUCUUCCAGCUCUGGCUCCACCUCCAACACAAACAACAACAACAACAAAAACACAAAGACCAACACAAAGGCAACUACUGAGUCAUCGUCGAAAAAGUGCAUUUCAAAGGGAAAGCUUGAGUCCAUCGUCAACAAAUACGUCUCUACCUUUUCGGGUAUCACCGAUGGUGGAGCGCUUGCGAGGACUAUCUUCCAGGAGGAUGUCAAGUUCUAUUCGCAGAGUAUUUGGUGGACUUCGUCUUCCAGCAAGAUCAACAAAUAUGCAAAGAACGACAACUUCCCUCCUGUCUUCAAGAACCUAAAGGAGCUCAUCGCCGGCAACACCGAAAAGACCAACGACCCUAGUGCUUUUAUCAAGGGGCCCAUCGCUUACGGCUGCAAUACCUUCACCUUCUACUGGAAGGGUGACUUUGAGGUUCCCAAGGGUAGCAAGCGCGGUCGUGGCAAUGGCAUCGACAUGGUCUUUUUGAGCCCUACAACUGGCAAGAUCAAGAAGGCUUACUCUGAGUACAACACUCUUAACCAGGUUUAUAACUGGGGUGCCCAUAUUACUUGGUCCAAGGACGAUGUUUGCUGUGAUUGUCCUGUUGUGUUUGACCCUAAGUUUGGAAAUGGAUAUAUAGAGGAAAAGGAGUUUGUGGGUUUGUUUGGUUUGUAG